AAAAAGUGACUUGUCCAAGGCUCACAAGGCGUUGUGUGUCAGAGACUGACCCUUAUGCCUGACCACACUGAUGUCAGCCUCCCCCCAGAGGACCGAGUCAGGGGUCUUAUCCAGAUUGGCAGUUGUGUGGAGGUGAAUGAAGAUGUCCCACCACGGAGGUACUACCGUUCUGGUAUUGAAAUGAUCCGAAUGGCAACUAUCUAUUCUGAGGAAGGCAACAUCGAAAAGGCUUUUAUAUUGUACAACAAAUACAUCACGCUUUUCAUAGAGAAACUCCCAAAGCAUCGUGAUUACAAAACUGCUGUCAUUCCAGAGAAAAAAGACACAGUGAAAAAACUGAAAGAAGUUGCAUUUCCUAGAGCCGAGGAGCUGAAGCAGGAGCUUUUAGAAAAAUAUAACAAAGAAUAUGGAGAAUACAAUGUGCGGAAGAAGAAGCAGGAGGAGGAGUUUGCCCGUAGCUUGGCUCUGCAGCAGCAACUGGAGGAGGAGAGGCAAAGGGUGGCCCUGAUGAAGCAGCAACAGGCAGAACAGGAGCAGUUUCAUGCCUUCGAGGAGAUGAUCCGGCGCCAAGAGCUGGAGAAGGAGCGCCUGAAAAUCAUGCAGCAGUUUGGAAAGCCAGAGCCAGUCCCAGACUCCUUGGAGAGCCCCUUGAUACCUGGCGUGGUCAUGCCCCCAACUGAUGCAAAGACUCCCUGCCCUCCUGUACAACCCUCAAGCCCUGGUGGAGGAGCUGUGGUGCCAAAGCCCCCCAUUGUGGACAGGUCUCUGAAACCUGGAUCUUUGGGGAGCCCAGAAAGCAAUGCAACUAUAGAAGGACUUCGCCAUAUUAUUGUUCCCAGGGAGCUCUGCCACAAGUUUCUCCAGCUGGCUGAUGCAAACACUGCAAGGGGUGUGGAAACCUGUGGGAUCCUUUGUGGGAAGCUGAUGAGGAAUGAAUUCACAAUAACCCACGUCAUUAUCCCAAAGCAGCAUGGGGGCCCUGACUAUUGCAACACUGAGAACGAAGAAGAGCUCUUCCUGAUCCAGGAUGAGUAUGGCCUUAUCACUCUGGGAUGGAUCCAUACUCAUCCUACCCAAACAGCUUUCCUGUCCAGUGUGGAUCUGCAUACACACUGCUCCUAUCAAAUGAUGCUUCCAGAGUCCAUAGCUAUUGUUUGUUCUCCAAAAUACCAAGAGACAGGAUUCUUUAAAUUGACAGACCAUGGCAUGGAAGAAAUCUCAUCCUGUAGACAAAAAGGAUUCCAUCCCCACAGCAAAGAUCCCCCUCUCUUUACUACCUGCACCCACGUGACUGUCAUGGAGCGGGAAGUGACAGUGCUGGACCUUCGAUAAA